AUCGAUCCAAGAGGCGCUGGGUCCUGAAGUGAGAAAGUCUAAGCCGAUAAAUGUUUGUUAAAGUGAAAGUCGUGUUUCUCUUUUUGAAGGUUGUGAUAUUUUGCCGCGAAAAUGACCUUCGCGUUAGCCGGUGACGUCCUCUAUAUCAUCUUGGAUAUCCUUGGCAAUGAGAAGGAUUACAACAGCCUUUUUCAGUGCGCGAUCUCUUCGAGAUGUUUUACAGAGCAUUCCUUGGCUGUGUUAUAUAAGCUGUGUGAUACUUCGCCAGUGAGGGGCGGAGGAACAGAAGACGAGCAAUUCAGGUCCCGGAGAGUGGCCACCACUUGGGCCAGUACCAAGGGCGAACAAGAUCCUGCCAUACAAAAAUGGGCGUUGUUGUGGCGGUCCAUUAUCCUGUCUACUUUGGAUCAGACUUACCUCCCUUACUACAGCUAUAUCCGCUAUCUUGAUCUGGAUGACUUUGGGGACCUUCUCAAGGACCCCGGGUUCACGAAGAAGAUGAAGGAGGAGUUCUUUACUCCGGAGCUCUUCAGUCUUGUCUCCCGCGGCUAUCAAGCCAAGGGGAAUAAGCGACUUCGGUCAUCAACCCUUGCCCCUGAUAAUGAUUGGGUCAUGGUAAAGAUUGGCACAGCAAUCGUCGAGAAAACAAUGUCAAUACGAGGAAUGUCUUGUAACGUUACACCGGAGACCCUUUCGUCAUGGAUCGAAGGGUUGCCCUUGCUGCAGUCUCUGACAAUCUGGUCCGGGGAUGCUCUUAGCCAACAUGCUGGAGACAAACUCCGCAACCACUGUCCUGAUUUUAAACAUCUUACAAUAUAUGGAUGGAAGAAUACCCCACCCAGGAACGCGGAGGCAGAUUCUGAACAGUUCUUGGAUGAACUGCGCCCCAAUACGCUGGAGUACUUUGAGAUACUCAGUUACGCCCAACUAGGUCCUCGUUCCAUCAUAGCCCUAGGCUCACAUCUGAAUUCCCUAUCUGAGCUGAAGUUGGCGAGUCUUACAAUUGAGACAAUCGCAGAGCUGGCCUCACUAACGGCGGCGCCUAUGUUGAGGGUGUUGGUACUGACAGACUCAAUACCGGCCGCACGAGACGAUAACUUUUACGCCGUUAUCACACGAGUCGCUGAAUGGAUAUGCAGUUGCAGAUCAUUGCGGCGCUUGGAGCUCAAGCGAUUCGUCGACGACUCCUUCUUGUUGUCGCGUGUUCUAGCCGAUGAAGGACUUCGUCUAACUACUCUUUCCCUGGCUGGAUAUGCAAUGACUGACAGUCAUGCGUUUCACGAAGCUCUCGCCUGUCAGCAAACCUUGCAAUAUCUUUAUCUUCGCGGUGAAGCGAGUGAAUUCAUGCAAGGCAACGAAUUGCUUGUACAAUCGAUCAGCCAGCUCAACAACCUCCGGGAACUGGAGCUCAAAGACAUAUCUGAUUGCUUUACUGUAGAUCAUGUGAUUGCCAUGACGCCAUAUCUUCCUCAGCUUGAGAGGCUUUGGAUAGGUGGCGAUUUCUUCGAUGAUUGUGCGCUCACUGCGUUCCUGUGUCUGCCAAAGCUCCAAAGUCUUGCGAUCCAUGCCUUUAGCAGAUUCACUGCUGAUGGCAUACUCGCCUUCAUAUCACAGUUGGGCCUCGGAAACAAAGGCUUCAGCUUAACAAUUCUAAAUGCAGUCGACAGCUCGCUCACUGAGGAAGCCCAAAACGUGAUCCGUGAGACUCUGAAGGUAAGUCUAGAUGGGUCAUUCGACUAUGGUCUCGCUCAAGAGGAAUAUAGCGACACGGAUUCAGAUGAGAUGUACGAGUAAAUGUUGGAUAGUAUCUAUUGGAAAGAUUCUUGCUCGUGCCAGUAGCUAUCUAGGAGCAAUGCGACGGUACGAAUUUAGUAUGAUUUUAUCAAGGCCCGGGAAUAUUCAGCUCCGACAGG